GGUACUUGUUACAAUUUUGGCGUAUGUACCAAGGUUAUAUGUGUGUUGUAUAGAGGUUUGGAUGUAUAAAUACAGUUGUGUUUUCUCCGUGUGUGCCUUUAUUAACGUGUUUUUUUGUCGUGUCAUUAUUUGUCAUUUUACAGUUCUGUCUGGUUUAAGUUCACUGAUUGAGAAUUGUCCUUUAGAGGUUGUAUUGUUGUAUUUAUUUCUCGUGUGAAGUUGCGAAUAACGAGAUAAUAAUUUGUUUAGAAUUGUUGGACCCCUUUCACACAUCCUUUACAGUAUUUCCAGAUGAGCACAGAAAUUCAUCGUGGUGCAGAUGGACUGUUUGCAGUUUGUUUCAGAAACUACAAAGCAUAUGAUGAGAAUAAGAUUUUGGAAAUUUUUGGAAGAUACGGACGUGUUGUAUCUGUUCGAUUUUCUGGAAAAGAAAGUACGGGAAUGGUAUUUGUGCGUUACAGGGAAUAUAACGAAACUAGAAACUGCUUGGAGGACCUAAAUAGGAGACAAGAGUUAAAUGUAAAACUGGCUAAUUACAGGCCACCUCUACUGGAUGGACCAAAGCAACAGAGUGGAAGCAAAGAUUGUGACUGGAUGUUUGUACUUGGACAUGCUGGAGCUGUAUGCCCUGCCCCAAUUACCACCUCAAACUAUCCUCCAACAAGAUGGGGCACCACCAGAUUUUUGCCACCAUUAUACAAAUCACCCGGACAGAUUGAUGGAUGGGUGAUGGAUCGGCAGAGCUUCAGAUUGCCAAUGAAUAAUAACUUUGCAAGAAACCAAUGUAGUUCUACUUACAAUGGACCCAGGAAAAAGUUUCAGCAGAAUUUUAUGCAGAAUGAUUUUAAAAAAAGAAAUUUUCAGCAAAAAUACAAAAAUCAUCACACAGAAAAUGAGAAUUGUGAAGAGCCAAAACAGAAUGAUGAGCAGAAUAACAUUAAAAGCGAAGUUCCAGAGCCUGAAGAGCCAUUAAAUAAUGAAGAGGCAAAUGGGUCAGAUGAUAUUAAUGAUAAAGGAGGCACAAAGGAAGAAACAACAAUUAACAAGGCAAAUGUUGAUCAUCCAGGAAAUGAAGGCGAUUUGAAGAACUCAGACAGUAGUGACCAAAUAUCGCAGGAGAAUCAUACAAGUAAUGAUGUUAUUGAUGAUGGUCCUCCACCACUUGUUGACUUUGAAGAUAUGCCAGAUCUUGUAGGUGAAAGACCAAUAGUUUAUGGGAAAGACAUUAUUAUUUCCAAUCUUCCUCCAUCAGUCAACCUGCAUGAUGUAAUGCUAUUGACUAAGAGACUUGCACUGAAUCCAGUACAUAUAUCACCAAUAGAGACAACAGGAAUUAAAUAUAACAUACCAUUUUGUCAUCUCUGGGUGAAGAAUGAGUACGAAGCAGAAAUAGCGGUGUCUGCACUUCAAGGCAUACGCAUGGCAGGGAAUAAACUCUUAGUGGCAAGAGCGGAAAAAUUGCUAAAUACCUUUAAGCUACCUGUGGAUGUUUGAAGCUGCAAGAGAAUUGCUGAUGUUGAUGCAGGAACAUUACAGAACUUUCCUGUAAGGUGUCUGAUGUGUGUAAUACGAGUAUAUAGGUAGUGAGGUGGUUGUAGGUACAUUCUAAUUACUUAGCUGUGGAUUGAGAAAGAAUUCUAAUGAAUUUCAAACAUAUGGAUAUGAAGGUAGUAAGCCAGUCCCACAUGUUAGAAAAACUAUCAAAAAAAAGUGUGUGGGUUGGAGGUGUUACCAUAGCAUGUAUAUUUCCAACAUUUAUCCCAAUGUUAUAUUUUAUUUGGGUGAAGGAGUCUCUUUAGGACACUGGUUUACAUCUGGAGAUGCAAUUUACAGUUUUUCUGCAGCAUCAUUAUGCCUUCCAUUGUCUGAUCUUCUUAGCUCAAAUGCAACAUUUUAGGUGCUGAUGAGGGGUACAUACUCAUUUGGAACUCAUAGAAAGAUAUAAUUCCAGUGACUGGACAAUCUAAUCCAAUCUUAUCUAAUAACACUGAGCACUGCUUCUAAUCAACAACAAAUAUAAUUUUUUCUUAAAAUAAACUUAAACUGUUAUUACUGAAGUGAUUACAGUACACCUUUGGUGUAUCCUUACUUUUUGAACAAUUACAAUACAUUUGUCUUUUUUAUUCAAAGAUGAAUACAUUUACUUCUUAGUUUAUGACAGUGAUUUCUUAAGUGCAUAUCUUGUGUGUCAAUUAACAUAUUCCUCGGUAUUGAACUGUGAAAGGGGUGCAAGUAGUUGAGCUAAUUUGAAGGUAUUAUCCAAGCAUUUUCCAGAAGGGGCUGAGAAAAAAACAUGAAGAAACCAUAGCCAGAAUAACCAGCAUCCAGGCCUGGACUUGAAGUCAUGAUCUCCUGAGUAUGAAAUAGGAAAGUCAAUCAGUCAGUCCUGAUCUCUUCUUGAAAAAUGAUAGACAGAAGGUGGAUCCUGCUCAUCCAUCUUAACCUCCUCACUGUUACAUCAACUGUUCGCUUGCCGUGUACCAGCUACGUCAGCUUGGGAUAUUUCAUUGAAACCACUGCAGAUCUGGUUUGAUUUUUCUUGUAUUGUUAGAUUUAAUGUAAUUUUGAGGUUAUUUUAUAAGGAAAACUUCAUACAAGUUACAUAAAAUUAAGCAUGUAAGUGAAAAUGUCUUGUGUGUUGUAACUGUAUUUGUACACAAAGUUAGUGAUAUGUUCAUGAAUGAUGAAGUGGUGGACCUGAAUAAAGUUCUGAUUUUAUA